UUAUGGCGGGACUGCGGUGGACAUUCUGACAUUGGGGGGUACUGACUUGGGGUCACUGACAUCCCCAGUGACACCAAUACAGUGAUCAGUGCAAAAACAAAAACACUGACACUGUACUAAUGGCACUGGGGAGGAAAGGGUUAACUUCUGGGGUGAUUAAAGGGUUAACUGUGUGCUGUGUUGUUUUUACAUUAUGUGCUGUGUGUGUUUUACUAGGGAGACAAACUGCUUUUUAUUGCUCUGCACAGCAGAGCAAUACAAAGCAGCCUGUUCGUGCUGACAGGGGAGAAAUCUGUGUUGUU